AAGCGCAGUAGCUAACCGCGGGGUUGUGAUUUUAAUUUUUGUGGCGCUGUCAUUCUGUUAUGGCUCCCAAAGAGUUGGUCAAGCCUAAAGAUCCCCCUGAAACUAUAGUAGAUGCUGUAAGACGAAGAGAGUUUAUACGUGGGCGAUUUCUGGGAAAAGUAUGUGCUAUUGUUUGACGUCACUUUCUUUAAGGGAGGGUUCGCUAAGUGUUAUGAGCUGACAGACAAGAAAACAGGCGAGAAGUUUGCUGGCAAAGUUAUUAACAAAGCCGCUUUGGUCAAAGAAUCGCAGAAGGAAAAGAUGCGCCAGGAGAUCAGCAUUCAUCGUACUUUAAAACAUGAGAAUGUCGUCGGCUUCCAUGGGAACUUUGAAGACAGUGAAUUCAUAUAUAUUUUACUUGAGAUAUGCAAUCGAAGGUCACUUCUUGAGCUGCACAAGAGAAGAAAGUAUGUCACUGAACCAGAAGCAAGGUACUUCAUGAAGCAAAUAGUUCAUGGCUGCCAGUAUCUACAUCAAAAUAAAAUUAUGCACAGAGAUCUUAAACUUGCAAAUCUUUUCUUGGAUGAUGACUUGAAAGUGAAGAUAGGUGACUUUGGACUUGCCUCAAGAAUAAGUCGUGAGGGCGAGAAAAAGAAGACUUUGUGUGGGACACCUAAUUACAUCGCUCCUGAGGUUUUAAGCAAAGGUGGACACAGUUUUGAAGUAGACUCAUGGUCUCUUGGCUGUAUACUGUACACCUUAUUAGUUGGUAGUCCUCCUUUUGAGACCAAUAAACUGGAAGAAACAUACGCACGCAUUAAGCAGAAUGAAUAUCGCAUACCUAUACGGGUGUCGGUCAGUGCUUCCAUGCUAAUUCGUUCACUUUUGCAUGCCAACCCGGAAAAAAGACCAAAUAUGUUCACUGUACUUGAUCAUGAGUUUUUCAAGGACUUUACACCAAGUGGUCUCCCAGUUAGUUGCCUUACAACAUGUCCCAGAUUCGACACUAUGCAUCGACCACAGACUGGACGUCGUCCACUGUCCGACAUUAAUCCUGUCGAAGAUGUCCCAAUAACGAGUGGUGGCGGUGCCCUAGGUAACGUAGUGAGAGAUGCAGUCGACAAGGAUGUUCAACCAGAUGACUGUUGGCUAGGGGAACUCCAAAAAAGACUUGCUCGCCUACUACAAGAAGCUCGGAGUUUGAGGAUUCCUCUCCAAAGGCAAUGGAAGAAAGCGAGGACCCAGCAGCCUGUCCAAUAUAUUGGGUUAGCAAAUGGGUCGACUAUUCAGAUAAGUAUGGUCUGGGAUAUCAACUGUGUGAUAAUUCUUAUGGUGUUGUGUUUAAUGAUGUCACAAGACUUCUGUUGACAACGAAUGCACAAAAUCUUCAGUAUAUUGACGAACAAGGCACUGAACGCCUGUUUACCCUAUCGAAGCACCCUGAGAAUUUGGCGAAGAAAGUGACGCUUCUCACUUGUUUCAAGUCCUAUAUGCAUCAAAAUCUCCUCAAGGCGGGUGAGAAUAUAGCACGUCCAGACGCUGAUGCUAUGGCCCGUCUACCAUUCCUUCGCAAAUGGUUCAGGACGCGUUCCGCGAUUGUGUUACAUUUGAGCAAUGGAACGUUACAAAUAAACUUCUUCGACGACCAUGCGAAAAUUAUUCUAUGCCCUUUGAUGCAUGCGGUAACCUACAUUGAUGCCAACAGGGAUUUUAGAACGUACCGUUUCAAGCAUCUUCGAAACUUUGGACUGAGUACCGACUUGGCGAAUAGACUGCGAUAUGCAGCAACUAUGAUCGAUCGUCUCCUUUUACCGGUUGGCUGUAAAGUACUUGCGUCAAAUUCCAACGAUCCCAAUUCCAAAGUGACUCCUGUGAGUUCAGCAGAUAAUGAGAAGUUUGACAAACCAAUUUCGGCUGACGUACAAAGAGCAUAUGUGGCUGGUACAACCGCAGCAGCUAAAGGAGUUGCUACAGUUCGGUCGUCAGAAUGAUUGUAUUACUUCUAUUUUCUACUGGUUUUUAUUCUUCACUUUUAGUGUGCAUUGUCAAUGUCACUUAUUCUCAACGGUGCGCCUCUAAAUGUAAUCUAUAUUUGUCACAUUUUUUCUCCAAACAAUCUUGUGCACCUUAAUUAUCCCAACUUAUUUAAUUUAUAAUGACUUAGAAUAUUGUAAAAUCUGAUUGACGCUGAUUUCUGAGAUUUUGAAGAUUGAGAUUUAUCUCAACGUUCAUGUCUCUGUUACUUGAGCGUGAAUUCGUAAAAUCUAGAAAUUAAUGUGUAGCAUUUCAUGAUGAAUGAAUCUGCUCGUCCGAUUACAAAAGGAUUUUGAAUAGAGUGCGUGAAAUAAAACAUUCACGAUUGUUUCUGUUUUUGAUUUUGAUCUGUGAAAAGCUACAGAAUACUAAUACUUCCAUUUUCACUUAGUCUCUGUCACUGUUCAGAAGUGUUUUGUAUUUAGUAGCAAAAGUUUCAUGAAUAGACAAUUAAAUACCUAACAGGUGGUCUUAC